CAACAUAACCUCACUUACUUGCCCCCAGUUUAACUACUCUCAUUUCUUAUACGUUCAUUUUUGAUAUUUCAAUAAUUUUUCUCAUAAGAAUAUUUAAUAAAAACGUAUUUUCUUGUUCAUAAAUUGAAUUAAUGUACUAAAUGGUAACUGUCAUGAACAUAAAAUGCAUUUGUUGAAAAAAUGUUCUCGAAAAGUUGCAUUAGGAAUCUCAGGCGGUGUCGAUAGUGCUGUCUCAGCUUUGCUGCUGAAGGAAAAAGGGUUUGAAGUGAUUGGCGUGUUUAUGAAAAAUUGGGAUCAACUAGAAGAACAAGGAUAUUGUAAAUCCGACAUUGAUGAAGAGGAUGCAAAGUGGGUAUGCAACAAGCUAGGAAUUCAAUUUAGGGCUGUGAACUACGUGAAAGAGUACUGGAACUCAGUUUUCAGUGAAAUUGUACAACAAUACUGUAAUGGUUUUACACCCAAUCCUGAUAUUCUCUGUAAUAAGCAUAUCAAGUUUGGUAAAUUCUAUGAUUAUGCACGAAACGUAUUAGAUUGUGACUAUAUUGCCACAGGACACUAUGCUAAUAGCUCUAGAGACUUGAUGAAUCAAUCUAGUGAUGAUGAUAGGACUGUUCAUUUACUAAAAGCAAAGGAUCAACGAAAAGAUCAAACAUUUUUCCUGUGUAAUAUAGCUCAGAACGCUCUGAAAAGAACAAUUUUUCCUUUAGGAAAUUAUACAAAGCAACAAGUCAAAGACAUAGCUGUUAAGAACUCAUUGAAAAGACUAGCUAGUAGGAAAGAAAGUAUGGGGAUAUGUUUUGUGGGGUCCCGUUCCUUUAAAACUUUUAUAUCCGAAUACAUUCACCCAAGUUCAGGAAGUUUCAUUGAUAUUGAAAGUGGUAAAGUGUUGGGGAAACAUAAUGGACGUCAUAACUAUACCAUAGGACAACGGUGUAAUCUACCGGGUACUCCAAAGCCUUACUAUGUUGUGCAAAAACUGACAGACUCUCAAGAUGUGUAUGUUGCAAUGGGUAGAGAUCACAAAGCAAUGUUUAGCAAUUAUUUCAUAACAGGACUUGCGCAUUGGAUCUCAGAUGCACCAAAACAACUAGAACGACCUGGCAAUGGUGUUUUGGAGUGUGAAUUCAGAUUCCAACAUCGGCAUCCACUGAGGAAAUGUACAGUUAUGCGGGCAGAUACAAAAAUGAUAGUUAACGUUGUAGAUGAAGUGUCUUCCAUAGCUCCUGGACAAUGUGCCGCAUUUUACUUGGGAGAUAGAUGUUUAGGGGGCGUUGUUAUAUCAGAUUUUGGGCCCAACAACUACAUUCUUCAAAGUAGAAUAAUAGAAUGAAAUGCUAAUCGUCCUGUACCUAUGUUUUAAUUGUAAAUAAAUAAUCAAGUAUUACAAUUAAA